AAUUCAUAACAGAAGUUAUCUCAUUGCACUUUUCCUAUAGAGCAGGUCUAGACCGUACUCUUUAUAAUAUCAUUUACAGAGACCCAACAAAUAACAUGAAAACAACAUUCAAACAAAGCAGCAAAUUAAAUAUUCAUUAAAGGUUUUGGAUUCUGUUAUCAAUAUCCACAUCAUAUAUGUAUGAUAUAUAUAAAAUACAGUGCAGAACAUAUAAUACAUAGUGCAUAAAUGAUUAAUCAAUUAGUUGAUCAACAGAAAAUAAACAAUUUUGAUAAUCAAUGACAUGUUUAAGUUGUUUAAGUUAUUUACAUUUUUGAUUAUUUUCCGACACUUUUUAGAUUAAAUGAAUAAUCAAUUAAUCAUAAAAAUAAUGAACACAUUAAUCGACGUUGAAAACUAGCAUUCAUUGCCCUAAAGUAAGAAUAGUAAGGGAAAUAGAAGUAUAUCGUGAUACAGUUAUAAUAUAUAACACAAUAUCUAUUUAUCUAUCUAGAUAUCAUCACUUUUUUGGCACGCAGCUAGAAGAACCCGAUUGGUCAACACCGUUAACGAUGCCUCCGAGGCCGCAGCUGUGAUUGGUUCAGGGUUCAUGAGCUCUACCAGUCCCACCCAACACACGCACACACGGAGAGAGAGAACCCAACAUGGCUGAAGCAGAGGCAAGCGAGUUAACUUCUGGUGGAAUUUUUCAGGAGAUCUUCACCUCCCCGUUGAAUCUCACCCUCCUCAGCCUCUGCUUGUUCCUCCUGUACAAAAUCUUCCGCGGAGACAAACCACCGGAGCUCGGCGAGGUGGAAAAACCGCUGCCUAAACUGAAAAAGAGAGAUUUUACCAAAGCUGAGUUGAAGCCCUACGAUGGACUUCAGAAUCCCAGGAUCCUCAUGGCUGUCAACGGGAAAGUGUUCGACGUGACCAGAGGAAAGAAGUUUUACGGGCCAGAGGGGCCGUACGGAGUGUUUGCAGGCAGAGAUGCAUCCAGAGGUCUAGCGACGUUCUGCCUGGAGAAGGAGGCCCUAAAAGACGAACACGACGACCUGUCCGACCUGAACGCCAUGCAGCAGGAGAGCCUCUCCGAGUGGGAGACUCAGUUCACCUUUAAGUAUGACUACGUCGGCAAGCUCCUGAAACCAGGAGAGGAGCCCACAGAGUACACAGAUGACGAGGAAGUAAAAGACAAAAAGGCGGACUAGAAAAUGAAGAGUGACCAGGAGGGAAAAUGAUGGAUGCCUUAAUGUUUGUUUGAAAUUUUGAUGCCUGUUGCCUCCUGUUAGGGCCAUCGCAAUCCUGGAUUUUAUACGCUGACUGAAUUCCAUUUAUCUCCCUUUAUCUUAUUUAAAGGUUAGAUGGCAUUAACAGUUAAAUAUACUGCAUUCUGAUGUAGAGCUGUGUAGUGUUGUUAGAGGUUAGACUAGUUACUGUAAACCUAAAAAUGGAUCCUUACAUUACUGUGGAGAAUCAAGAACGUUAUUGACUUAUUGAUGGACCAAUUCCAACAUCUACUGAUGGUUGUGUGUCCUGUAUGCUGAGGCUAGUUGGGCGUCUAAAGAAGGAGAUCAGCUUUGAUCAGCUCACCUCAAAAAUCAGUUUGGCUGCGAGAUUAUCCACAGCUCUGUUGUACACUUUGUUAAUAUCGCUGCUGAUGUAUUGCAGGUUGUACACAUUCCUUUCAUCCAAGGUUUGGCUCCACUUGCAUUGAAAUUAAUUAUCUCAGGAAGAAGUUUAAUUCAGAAUUUAAGAAAAAUAUAUUUAGGGUCUGGAGCCAGAGGGCAGAUUUAUAGUGAAAUUACAGUAUUUUUUAACCUGGGUCUUAUUCUCAUAAUUGCAUUCGUUCUGAUUAUGGGUCUUGCUAACUUUACACUCGCCACCUCUGUUAUAGAGAUUCAGGACACACAAAAACAAAAAAAUCAUCUAUCAAAGCAAGCAGCACAAGCCUCUUAAAGCUUUCCAAAUAAACUUUGAUUUUACAGAUAUAAUUUCAAACUCUUGUCUUUGAGCCCGACCAAAAGCUAGUUCGGUUAGCUGGCAAGUUUCCUCUGAAUAUGGAUCUCUUUACAGUUAGCUACAAUAGCUAAUCCAGGGGAUUCAUUUCUGUGUUUACUUUCGGUCAGACUCAGAAAAAAGCGUUUGAAAUGAUAAAUAAAAAAUGUAAAGCUUUAGUAGGCUUGCAUUGCCUACCAAAAAAUGUGUGAGUCGCAUUUUCUGAAUCUCUGCAACAGAUGUGGUGAGUGCAAAGUUAGCAUGACCCAUAGUCAGGAAGGACACAAUUAUGAAAAUACAACCCAGGCUGAAAAAUACUGGAGCUUACCUUCAAAGGUGGGGUAUGCGAUUCAAAUCCAAUACAUGUCUUUUUGUCAAAUUCAGCAAAUAUCCAAAUAUAAAACUCCGGUGUUUGUACACAGCCCUGGCUCUGUAAAUGGGAAACAAACAAAGUGGCUCGGACCGAGCCACACAACACUAUUCCAGCCAUUUCAGUCAUGAUUUGUGUGUCAGGUAACGUUAAAUGACUUGCCCGCAGACAUUCAGCUUAAUUUCUAGUUUGCCAAGAUAUUAUGAUGUUAGCUAUAGUAGCAGGAGAGUUGUGAGCAUCGCUGAAACCGUCUCGUCAUCUCCGGCUGUUAGCUUCGCAGCAGCAACUGUAGUGACAGUUUGCUAACCCACAACCUAGCUAACGUUAGUUAUAUUACUUGUACUCUAUAUCAUGGUAUUUGUCAUGUUUUAUCUGCUCUUCAAACUAUAAGAGGGCGAUGACGUACAGAUGUUUGUAACGUUCCCACACAUCAAAUGUAUCUGCUGAUCUGAAUUGGCCUGUCCAUUGAUACAUCGGACAGGAUUUUCUACUAUUUUAACUUGACAUUGUAAUGCUCACAAUGACAAUCCAGGUUAUUGCAUCCAGCAGCGUGUCUGCGUUGUUGGCUGCACAGGCCGCCUCGAUGUCAGUCGUCUGUGGUGCAGUGGCGUCAUUAAAAGUCAAGUGACUGAAAUUGUAUCGACACCAAUUUUGUAAUCGAUUUAGUCAUUUAUCAAGCAAAAAUAUAUAUCAUUGUCUGGUUUUAGCUUCUCAAAUAUAAGGAUUUGCUGCUUUUCUUUGCUUGUAAUUUGAAUUUCUUUCGGUCGGACAAAAACCUAAUGCAGAAAAUGAUAAAUGAAUAUGAAGCCCUGCAGUAGUGUUUUUAGUGUUCACAACUGUAGUUCAUUACAUGGUGCAGAGGGAAAGUGUCCGAAAGUUCAAAGUACAAAUGUCUUCACUUAAAACACUAGAAAGGCCAAACUGCUGCCAGUUAACUGCUGUUAAUUUCAUUUAUUCCCUAUUUAGCUAAUGUUUGUUUACAUUCUUUUUGACACUAAAUCCACGAUGGAAAAGAAUCAAACAUUUAUUGUAAGGCCUCUGAUGCUCUGAAAGUCUUUUUUUUUUUUUGCAAUAAAACAUCUUUCUUACUGAGGGUAUAACAGCUUUUCUUCAGUUCACCACACAGUCCAAGCUUGAUAGCCUGCUGCCAGGUUGUGAUAGCUACAGUGACCACAGUUUGCUGUGUUUGUCAUGGACGAAUCAACAGGAAACUAAUGAUUAAACCCUGGUUCUUCCUGGAUCUGAAGGCAUUUUUUUUCAAACAGAUGUGUCCAUGAAAUCCUGCAGAAACUUUGUUUGCAAGGAUAUAGUGUACAUUUUGAAUCCUAAAGUUAUAUGGAAGAAGUUAGUGUAGAAAAAUAUGUUAAAUCUUCUGUUACCAAUACUUUUCUUUGCCACCGUCGUCCUUGUAACAACUGGAGAGAUCGGUUACUUUCCCUAAAAACAGAUCCAAUGAGGGAACGUUUUCAGUAUGCAUGUACUAAAUGUCAUAAUACUGUCAUACUGGUUAUAAUCCUAAAAAUGAUAUUUUGAUUUAAUAAAGAAAACUACAAAAAUGAA